UGUGUCUCUCUCUGUCUCUGUCUGUGUCUCUCUCUGUCUGUGUCUGUGUCUGUGUCUGUGUCUGUGUCUGUGUCCUGAUGGUGUGCAGGAAGCCAGAAAAGGGGAUCCAGUAUUUGAUCGAGCGCGGUUUUGUAGCAGACACACCAAUUGGCGUCGCACGCUUCAUCCUGGAACGGAAGGGAUUGAGCCGGCAGAUGAUCGGGGAAUUCCUGGGGAACCGGCAGAAGCAAUUCAACCGGGACGUGCUGGAUUGUGUGGUGGAUGAGAUGGAUUUCGGGGGAAUGGAAUUGGACGAGGCCCUUCGCAAGUUCCAGGCCCAUAUCCGGGUGCAGGGGGGAGGCUCAGAAGGUGGAGAGGCUAAUCGAGUCUUUCAG